GACUCAAUGCCACUACACCAUGUACGGUCUCUUAAGUGUAAUUAUCAGAGCAUCAUGAGUCUGCAUGGAUAUUUGCUUGAGCAUACACCUUGCAGCAUGUCAUAAUCAAAAGAUUGCAUGAAUAAUAAAAUUCAAAAGGAGUUUUACUUUGUUACAGGCAUCAAGAUCAUUACCCAACAAAAAAGAACUAUAGUGAGCUAAUAAAAUGACAAAUGCCCCUGCUUUUUAGUCACACUAAAAAAAAUCACACAUGGUCUCUUUCCUGGCCCCAGUAAUCCUUAGUAAUCCAUAGAGUCAUCCAUCCACCCAUCAUCUUCUACUGCUUUGUCCUCCACAUGAGGGUUGCAGGGGCCGCUGUGCCAAACACACUCACACCUAUGGUCAAUUUAGAGUGUCCAAUUGACCUAAUCCCCAUAUUACAUGUUUUUGGACUGUGGGAGGAAACCGGAGAACCUGGAGAAAACCCCCGCACAUACAGGGAGAACAUGCGAAUGUCCUUGUUUCAACCGGGUUGCGAAUCGGGGUCUUCUUGCUGCAAAGGCGAGAGUCAUCUGGACUCAGAUUGGUUUAAAUCUGGUUGAUUAUAGUGGAGGUGUGUGUUGUCGUGAAGUGCUUGAGGAGUCUGUCAUGUCCGGUCCCACCUGGCUUCCACCGAGGACUCUGGACAGCCCAGAGCGAGCAGUGCCCCAGAUGUCCCACUCUACCGGGUCAGCAAUCUACCGAGCCCCUAACAAGAAAGGCGUGUCAGACUUUCGCCCGAAAUAUGGUGCUUAUGACCAGAAUGGAGGAGGGGGAGGGGAAGUGGCCAACAGGUACAUGGCUACUGGACCCACAGGUGGACCCAUUCAUCAUCCAUCAAGUGAUCACUAUUACUCGCCUCCCCAUGGUCCUAAGGAAGAUCGGCACUGGAGCCCUCACAUGGACAGCUACGAGCGAAUGCACCGAGGACCCGAAAAGCCAGUGAGCUAUCACUCUAAAAUUGAUGCAGACAUCGACUCCCUCACCAGUAUGCUCGCUGAUCUCGACAGCCACCCGCAGGACUCCAGCACACAACUGUACGACAACGUGCCUUACAACAAGUACCUCUCAGGGGAUCAUUACAAUCCUGCACACCAGAGUGCAGCUCCUCCUCAGGGUCGGCCUUCCAUGGGUUACCCUCCUCACUCCCAGAGCCAAUACCACCCUGUGCCGCCGUACCCUAGCGAGCACCAGACAUCUCAGUACUCCAACUCCCACCAGCAGGAUUACUACUCCUCAACCCCCAAACCCUAUCCUCAGCCCGUUCCAGCCUCCUACACCACUGCCUCAACUCCUACUGGUCCCAGGUUCAGCGUCCAGGUCAAGACGGCGCAGCCCGUCACCUACUCGCAGACGGGGAGGCAGGCUGAACAGGCCUACACGCCGCCUCCUCCUCGCCAACACGUGUCACGCCCCCAACCCCAGACUCAGGCAAGUCCUCAGGGCUGGUACCCCCAACACCCUGCUUCACAAGGUCAGGAUCUGCACCCCGAGGCGGGCUACAAAUGCAGCAGCUCAGGGUCUGCAGGAAGAGUCAGCCAUGUUCCGGUGAAUAAGAGAGGAAUGGAAAAUAAUCAGCCUGUGGCAGGAGCCGUACAGAGUUCUACUUAUCAGUCCAAGCAGGGGAUUGCUACAAGCAGACCGGAGGAGGAGUUGGAGCGACUCACCAAGAAGUUGGUGUAUGACAUGAAUCACCCCCCUGCGGAGGACUAUUUUGGCCGCUGUGCCCGCUGUGGUGACAAUGUGGUUGGAGAUGGCAGCGGCUGUAUCGCUAUGGAGCAGGUGUUUCACGUUGAGUGUUUCACAUGCAUCACCUGCCACGCCCGUCUCCGGGGGCAACCGUUCUAUGCUCUGGACAAGAGGAGUUACUGCGAGAGCUGUUACAUUAGCACAUUAGAGCGCUGUUCAAAGUGCUCCAAGCCAAUCCUGGACAGAAUCCUAAGCAUGGGAAAGGCUUACCAUCCGCGCUGUUUCACAUGUGUGGUUUGUAACUGCUGCUUGGACGGCGUGCCCUUCACCGUGGACGCCACUUCUCAGAUACACUGCAUAGAUGAUUUUCAUAGAAAGUACGCGCCACGCUGCUCAGUGUGUGGCGAGCCCAUCAUGCCUGAACUGGGCCAGGAAGAGACUGUCAGGAUAGUGGCGUUAGACCGCAGUUUCCAUGUCAACUGUUACGUCUGUGAGGAAUGUGGCCUCCUGCUGUCGUCUGAAGGCGAGGGUCGGGGCUGUUACCCGCUGGACGGCCACAUCUUGUGCAAGAGCUGCAGUGCUCGGCGCAUCCAGGACCUGUCGGCCAAAAUCUCCACCGACUGCUAACAAACUCUCCUUCAUCCACUCACACUUCUCACACAGACGGAACACACCCCUGCUUUGUUCCAUUAAGUACAUUACUUUUUUCUUUUUUUGCUGCGGUUGCUCUGAGUCAACAAACACUUCUCUAGCUCCCUCUGCUGGUCUCCUGUUGUAAUUUUAUUUACAGUGAAACAUUUUCUGUUUUACCGUUACUGUCUGGAGUUAGAGAGACUCGCUGAUUCCCUUUUCUAUCAGAUGUCACAUCACAUUUUACUGUUUUUAUUUGGAUGGUAUACAAUCUCCCUGCUUCUCCCAUUCAGUGCAGUGUUAGUGUAACUGAGGCCUGACCUGCAGGCAGCUUGGGCUCCACCUAAUAUCAUUUAUUCAAACCGGUACUACUCACCUGAUAGUUUGCACAUGAUGAUCACUCAGAUUAUCACUGAUGGAUAGUUUAAGUACGGACGGAUAUCAAGGCUAUAAGUUGAGUUAAACUCUUAACUUUUUUUUAAAACACUUCAAAGUGCAAACCUGCCUCAAAACAAAUAUUUAAAAUCCACAAAACAACUGUGACUGUACAUAACAGAAAUGUAGACAAAAGGAAUGUGUUACAUCCCAAAACAAAACAGGGUUUUCUUUAUUCUCUAUGACUUUAACUGAAAGCUAGCACAACAUGCUUGAACAUUUCUCAACAAUCAAACCAUGUUUAGAUGAUAAACUUGUUUAUACCAUGUUUUUUUUUGAAUGUCGAAGUUCCACAGUCUCACUUUGGUUUUGUUUACUAGAUGUUGAUUGAUUUAUACUUGACUGUUACAUUGAAGAUGAUGGUGAAUGAAGUCAAACGCUCUCUUCUGUCGUCAGGAAAACAGGGUGUGAAGUUACUGUGGGGAAAAUAUGAAACUGAAAUCGUAGUCAGUAUAAAACAACAUUGCAUAGAUUAAUUUGCUUCAAAAGUAGGUUUUGAUACUUUUAUUUUACAUAUGACAAAAUGAAGGUGGUCUUCAAAGUAAUAAUGCCCGCCCCCCCCCCCCCCCCAAAAAAAGAAGGAUACUAUUAACUUUUGGUUACAAGUUUUGACAUUUGAAGUUCGUUUUUGUUCAUCACUGCACUCACGUGAGCCAAGUUUUCACAUUGUGAGACUUCAGAGCUCCAGUAUUUGUGAUGAUAAUUGUCGAAUUGCUUUUCUCCGUCCCCGUUUUGUACAUGUGUAACUUAAAGGCCUAACAAUUUGAACCUCUAGAAUGUCAUUCACUUUCAUAACGAUCGAUCCUCUUGAAAGUGUUUUUCUGUGAAUUGUUGUGACAGAACAUGAUCUUGCUACAACGGUAUGUCAUCUCUUCUUAAUUUAUCUCAACAUGUAAAUACUGCUUAGUCAUGUUGUCAUCGCUAACACGUGUCAUUUUGAAAAUCCUGCAUCAUGCCAUCUCACUUGUGUAAAAUCCUGAUUGUGUGUUCUGUCUUAAAAAUGCUGUGAACUGGAGCUUGUAAAUCAAAAACCCUCGGUACUGCACCAGACUUCAGUUUGCUGAUGAAUUCACACUGAGAAGAAGAAGAAGAAGAAGAAGAAGAAGAAGAAGAAGAAGAAGAAGAAGAAGGAGGAGAAGGCCAUGCUGUGCUGAUUUAACAGGACUUCCUAGUUGAAAAGUUACAUCCUUGUUUGAACCCAAUGGUGAGUUUUCUCCUAAUGCAAUUUGUAGCAACAUAUUGAUUAUUAAUAUUAAAAUGUCAGAAAGUUAA